UUCCACUUGAUCUUUUAGAAUUAGAAAUCUCUUCAAAAUGAUUCUUAGUUUACUAUUCAUAUUUUCUGCAGGUUAAAUGUCGCAUUUGUACGACAGAAUUGUCGUACGUCAACAAAUCCACCUCCUCAAUGCUGAGGCAUUAUAGGGCCAGGCAUGAACAUGAAGUUCCAGAGACACCCAGGAUAAACUCAGCUACCAGGAAGCAGAUGCUGGAUGAGGCUCUGCUGAACUUCAUUGUGACGGACUGCCAGCCCCUCAGCAUUGUGGAGAGUGAAGGGUUCAGGGAACUGGUGCAGGUCCUUGAGCCAUCAUAUGUUUUGCCUACCAGAAAGACCAUCAAAAAAAUACUGGUGAAAAAAUAUGAGGAGGAACGGGAACGAGUGAAAUUGGAAGUACAGCAAGCUGUGGCAGUGAGUAUAACAGCUGACAUGUGGACAUCUGUAAACAUGGAGGCUUACUUGGCUCUUACCUGUCACUACAUAAAUGAUAAUUUGCAGUUGUGUACAUCUGUGUUGGGUGUGCAAUACUUUCCACAAAGUCACACUGCUGACAAUUUGGCCCAGGUCAAAAGGGGCAUGAUGGCGGACUGGGCCAUAACUAAUAAAGUAAAGUGUUUUGUGACCGACGAAGCACCAAACAUGAUUGCAUCCACUAGACAGCUCCAAAUUCGACACUCAAUUUGCAUUGCACAUAGUCUUAAUUUAUUAGUUAGAAAAUCAUGUGACCAGAUCCCCACACUUGCAUCCAUCAGACACAAAGCUAGGCACAUUGUCACAUACUUCAGAUCGAGCACUACAGCUAAGGAGAAGCUUGCUCAAGUGCAGCAACAGAUGGGACGGCCAACCCUGAAACUCAUCUAUGAGGUGGCAACACGCUGGAACAGCACAUAUGAAAUGCUGUCAAGGCUACAUGAUGAGAAGGAGUCAGUGUGGGUAUCUCUGGCCUCUCUAAAAACAGAUUUGACUCCACUUACAGCUGAUGAGUUUGACAUCAUAGGAGAAACACUUAUUGUGCUUGCUCCUUUCCAUCAAGCCACAGUGGAGUUGUCUGAGGAGAGGCGAGUGUCAGGGUCAAAGGUCAUCCCGAUGAUGAAAAUGCUCUACGUUGCACUAGAGCAUAGUGCUUCAACCUUGCAAACACAGGCAGCCAAACACCUCCAUGAAAAUUUGAAGCGUCGAGUCACAGACACUGCUUCCAAUAUGGAGUCAUUAAGUGUGUUGACCCUAGCAACACUUCUUGACCCCAGAUUUAAAUCACUCGGGUUCCGCAAUUCUUUUAAAUUGAAUGACGCCAUCAUUCGGCUACGUUCCGAAUGUGCGUCUGUCAUCGGACGCACAAAUGAGCCCUGCCAGGACCAUCUGCAGAACAGCUGUCUGCACCCACUUCAGGCAUUUAUUCAGCAUUAUUUGUUUGUUGUUGUUUGAAAUCAUGUAAUAAAA